AUGUCGCCUACUUUGAUCCAACCACCACUUGUCAAUGACAAUCUUGCUCGGAUAAGACACAAUCAGAGGAGGUCGCGGGCUCGGAGGAAGGAGUAUCUUCUGGAGCUCGAGCAGCGAGUUGGCGCCCACGAGCUCCAAGGAAUUGAGGCCUCUUGCGACAUUCAGCGAGCGGCCAGAAGACUCCGUCCGAUCCAACGUCGACGCUCCGUUUCACGCGCCCCCCCCGACGAGGCUGCUCGGUCCCUUCAGCGUGAUCUGGCGCUUCGGACGUCUGCGCCUCUCCCUACCGUCGUCUCUGGCUCUGUUGCCAGUGCUUCGACAGGUAGCUUCUCCUUAUGGGAACUAAGACGGCCUGCUCAACCCAGUCCAGCAUACGGACGGCCGCUUCCUUCCAACGUUCCUCCUGCAGUCGAACAGCCAUCAACGUCUACCCAAACUCAUUCACGACACAACCCUGUCCAGGUGGUACCACACAUAGGGCUGUGCCAUCUAGAUACUGCACCUGAGCUAUUGAUAGAAGACGACUCUCGUCGACAACGCCACCCCGAUAUGCCCGUGCCGGAUGUCUCGUCAACAUUGGGCUAUAGUAUUCCCAUGAAUCACUUCCACUAUCCUACCAGAUCGGAUGCUGGUUUCUGGGGUCUUGUUGGCCAAACCCAAGAUCCGUAG